CAUUCCUCUCUGUGGGUGGUGCGGCUGCAGGUAUUUGUGUGGGUCCCCCAUUCCUCUCUGUGGGUGGUGCGGCUGCAGGUAUUUGUGGGGGUCCCGCAUUCCUCUGUGUGGGUGGUGUGGCUGCAGGUAUUUGUGGGGGUCCCGUAUUCCUCUGUGUGGGUGGUGCGGCUGCAGGUAUUUGUGGGGGUCCCGCAUUCCUCUGUGUGGGUGGUGCGGCUGCAGGUAUUUGUGUGGGUCCCGCAUUCCUCUGUGUGGGUGGUGCGGCUGCAGGUAUUUGUGUGGGUCCCGCAUUCCUCUGUGUGGGUGGUGCGGCUGCAGGUAUUUGUGGGGGUCCCCCAUUCCUCUGUGUGGGUGGUGCGGCUGCAGGUAUUUGUGUGGGUCCCGCAUUCCUCUGUGUGGGUGGUGCGGCUGCAGGUAUUUGUGUGGGUCCCGCAUUCCUCUGUGUGGGUGGUGCGGCUGCAGGUAUUUGUGGGGGUCCCCCAU